AGGAUGAAAAAACUUGAGAUGCUGAGGACCAAGCAUCAGUCACAGAGACGACGGCGACUCACUAUCAUCACUCUAAGCAUGGCAGUAUUUCAUGUAUUUUUCACAUUUAUUGUUAAGGACUGUAUAAUUUGAUUUAUGUGUUUGUAUUGUAAUGGAGUGUUUGGAAUGCACCUCUACUUUACACAUUUCAAUUUGUUUUGCUUUGCUAAAUAUGCUCUCCUGUAAGCUUAUAAUUUGAUUAAUUUAAGAUGUUGUAUGUAAUGAAAUAUUGUUCCUGAAUUUUACAUAAGGUAAGUACUAGGUAUGAUGUUGGGACACUUGCUUAUUAUUUCAGAUGUUAUGAGACGUUUAUAACAAAAUGAACUUGUAGUAUAAAGCAUUGAUAAGGUUUUUUGUUGUUUUAUUAAAAUUAUGGCAAAAAAUGUCAACUAAUAAUGAAACAAAAUAUGAUCAAACCCCAACAAACCUUAACUUCGAUUGACUAAAAGAAGGGUUUUCCAAAACAACACUUCUCAUCCAAAAAUGGAAGAUUAUUUCAGUUUCCGUACGCACUAUGAUCCAGUAAGUUGCAUUAUAAUCUGUGAAUAUUUUGCUAAAUCGAAAGAUCUAGUAAUCUAUGAAAAAUUAAAUAAUUCACAAAUUCUAAUCAAAAGAAAUUCAAAUCACAGAAGAGCUACUCAAGUUAAAUACUAUAAAUGAAUAUUCAAAGUUUAAAGUGAAAGAAGAUAUAUGAGAUUGUGACGUUAAUUCAGUGUUUUAAAUUACUGCAUAAUCAGAUCAAAAUAACAAAUCAGCUAUAUCCCCUCUACCUUUAUACCUUUUUUUCGGCUCAGGUUUAUUCUAUGUGAUAUAUUAUGUCCCAUUCCAACUAUGAAUUGGGUGCCAAUGGGUCAGCUGUCACUUUGUUUGCGGAUCCAGAGAAUGCUGUCUCAGUUAACGAAGGGGUCACCUUGAUACCGUGGAUGGGUGAUAGUUCAAACCUUAUCGACAGGUAUGAUGUAAGAGGUCAUCUGUACUCUGAAAGUGAAUUUGGACUGAGAAAAAACGACACAGAUGUUGAUAUAGAGGAGGCAAAACUUGAGGAAGAGCUUGAUAAGGAGAGGUUUAUGUUUCUUACUGUCGAUGAGCUGGAAUUCGAGGCGUAUCUGGAGGAAGAAGAGAAGAGAUUCAACAAUAAGAAAAAAGCGGGAGGACCGUACCUUCAAGUUGACUUCAGUUACCAGGGACCAUCAGAAAAUGUUCCACAAACAGUCUCCAAACCAACCUCUAUCUCGGAAGAGGUUUACGUUCCUGAUAAGAACUUGGCUGUCCCAGAUGGAAUGAUAACGCCGAAAACGGACAAACAUUACAAAGUAGUGGAGAAAACUGCUGCUUUUCUCAGUACACAGAACCUGCAAACCGAGAUAGUAAUCCGGACAAAACAGAAAGAUAACCCUAUCUUCCAUUUUCUGGAGCCCGAUCACGAACUUAACCCAUUCUACAAACAUGUACUGAGUGCAAUUAAACGCAAGAUAAUCGUAGUACAAAGUGAGGCUAAACCGAAACCAGUGGUCCCUUCUGCAGCAGAACAGCAAGCAGCGCUAGAAGCACAACAGCGCGCGCAAUUACAAGCUCAGCAGCUGCAAGCGCAACAGCAGCAAGAGGCGCUGAUAGCGCAGCAGCAGGAAUACGAACGCCAACAGCAGUUAGCACACCAGCAGCUGUUAGCAAGACAGAAGAAUGAGCUUCAACAGAAUAGCGGGCACGCGCAAUGGAACAAGAUAGGUGGGGAGCUCCUUCACUCGGGCGAAAAGAAAGGUGUGGGAAGCAGCUUAGCAGCCUUGUCUGCGUACGGUGCAGCGAGUGAUUCAGACAACAGUUCCUCUGAAGACGAGGAAGAGAAGAAUCCUUCCACUCUUAACUCCAUGAUCAACAACAUACCCGUCCCUCCAGGCACCAGUCCGGAAGUGAUCCAGUACCUGAUUAUGUCAGGGUUUGUAGCACUGCCACCUCCAGCCCCGGGACUCCCCCAGCUACUGGUACCCCCUGCUGGAUAUGAGGGCUUCUCAAUCCCCACUGCGCCCCCGCCUCCCCCUCCCGAGGAAGAAGUACAGAUAACAACAGAAGAACCAGAAGAAUGCCACGACAUUGAACGUCCAGCCUCUCCAAACACAGAACAAAAAGGAAUCAUCACCAAACUGGCGGAAUAUGUCGUAAAAAACGGGGACUCCUUCGAAAGGAAGGUUCAGAAGAAGCAGGACACCAGAUUCGCGUUUGUCAAUCCUGGAAACGAGCACCACAACUAUUAUCAGUACCUGAUACAAAAGUUCAGGAAUAAACGCGUCAAACUCAACGUAGCUCCGAUCAAGAUCAGGACUAAGAGUAGUCAGUUGAACCCAACUGCAAACGUUGACAGCACAGUCUUUAACCAAUCCUCCAGUGAAGAUGAAGAGAGCAAAGAAGAAAGCGAAGAACUUACUCAGUCUUCUAAUCUAACCACCAGUUCCCCACAACGUGCAGGACAAAUAUCCCGCAGUCCUAGUCGGUCUCCUCUUCCACAGAGUUCCUCUCAAACAGAGUCACAUGACACAGACUCAGUGUUCACCUCUCAGGAGACAGGACCCCAGUCUCUGUCCAGCCCCCUCCAGUCCCCUCAUCCCCUGGAUAGUGACCAUGAGUCCUCCCCUCCACCUAGCUCUGAUACACGUCUGGAAAGACAAAAUAGUCCCUCUAAAACCCCUGUUUACACCCAGGAGACAGAAGACAGGACACCCUCUCCUAUCCGUACCCCACAGGACGACCGCACCCAGACUCCUGAAAUCAAAAUAUAUCCCUGCACCCCAGUUAGGCCUGAAGUUGAUAGUGAGGCAGAGUCAGUUGACUCGGAAACGAAAGGGAUGCCAUUAGUUCAACACUUCAGUGAUGAUGACAGUGAACUUGAUUCCAGAUAUGAUCUGGAUGGGAAGAGAAGCAGAUCUCCUUCUAAAUCUCCUGCCAAGUCAAGAAGCAGAUCCAGGUCCGUCCAGAAGGAAGGCGAAGGUUCCAAAUCUGUCACCUCACCUGUUAAUCACACCAAUAGUAGAUCCCAGAAAGACUCUGAAACUAAAAGUCAAUCUCCUAAAAAGUCAAGAAGUAGAUCAGUAUCACUAAAACGUCCACGAUCAAGAACUAAAAGCAGAUCUCCAAAGAGGUCCAGAACACGAACUCGAUCUUACAGCAGAUCUCGAAGCCAAUCUCGCCGUCAUGGGUCUGAAACACCUAACUCUAGUGCCUUUAAGUCUGAUAACGAAGAGUUGUUUGAAAAACAGCGACAGGAAAAGGAAGAGUUGCGACAGAGAGAAGAAAGCCUUAACCAAAGAGAAGAAUUGCUGAGGAAGAAAGAAGAGUUGCUAAAGAAGAAAGAAGAGGAAUUGCCUGAAGAAGGUGAAAUCUCUGACGGUAGUACUAAGCGAAAACACAAAAAACAUGUAUCUAGUCGAGGACGAAGCCGAUCAAAAAGUCCAUCAAAGCACAAGAAGAAAAAGAAGGAUAGAUCACGUAAAAGAGAAGGCAAAUCCUCCCGCUCGGAGUCCAGGUCAUCUAGCAGGAAAAAGCAAAAGAUGGAGCAUAAAGAAGACCACAAACGGAAGAAGCCAACUCCACCUCGAAAAAGUGACACAGACGAGUGGAUGUCUGAGAAGAUGAAGAAGCUCAGCAAGAUAGAGUUGUUAAAAGAGAUUGAAGACAAGUUGGAAGAAAAGAAGAAACUGCGAGAGCAAAAAGAGGAAAGUCCGAAACCCAAAAUAGCAAGCUCUGAAAAAAGCUCCAAGAAGGACAAGCGAGAUAAACACCACGAAAAGAAAGAUGUGGAAUCAACUUCUGAUAAACACUCGAGAGAAACAAAAUCUAGUACCAAAAACGGUUCGCAUUUUGCUAAAGAAGCUGAUACGAAGGAAGGGAAAAAAGAAUCUAAGUUUGACGAAGAAAAAAGGCUUGCAAUGGAAAAAGAAUUAGCGCAAAUUGAAGCAAAACUACAAGCCAAGAAAUUAAAAAAGAGCAAGGAUGUGGUAGACGAGACGAAAAAGAAGGUCAACGAUAAAGCUAACGGUCACUCGGAGAAAUCAAAGAAUAAAAAACAUAAGAAAGAGAGAAGUAAAGAAAAGAAAAGUUGACCGAGAUCGGGGCGUUGAUUUUAAUUAACUUAUUGGAGCUUGCCACGAAGGGGUACGACUCAAAGUCUCUGACGAAACAGGAAAGAGACGAAUUGAAGAGAAGAUCCAGCUGAGAGGGUUUUAGUCGGCUACUUAUUCUGGAAUUUUUAUUUUGUAUUAAUAUGAAUCAUCAGAUUUUUA